GAAACUUGCCAUCUACUAUACACUUGAGCAUUAAAGGAUCCGAGAAGAAAAAGUAAAGGAAGGCCCAUUGAAACUAUUUAUGAACGAUUUGUCUGAACAAAAUUGACGAGUCUUUGAGUCUUUUAGUUUUUGAGCGUUGACCGAGUUUUUUCAUCAUUUUUAUAUAGUGCCCGUCGCUUAAGUACAUCUGAAUUACGAAUUCAUCAGUUCAUGACGAAGACCUUGGCACUCCACCCCGGACAUAAACUAAGUAUAAUUUGACUUGAUAAUAAAGUAAUCCUACUUAAGUUGAGGUUUUCAUUGGAAUUUCUAGUACUUUAACUUUUAGCCUAUCCAGUUGGCCUAAUUUUCUUUCGCUUCCUUGUUUAAUUCGUUUUUUCUUCAUCCUUACCGGUUCGUUUCUUAUUUACUUUACAAAUUUUGGAAUUCAGUUAUUGAAUUGGAAUUUUCGGUCUUCUUCUACUGACAUCUAUCGUCUCAUAUUGGUUUUGAGCAAUCUGUAAUAUUACUCAUCUAUUUAUUUUUGUUGCUUUUCAUCUAAAUUUUUCUGUUUAAAAGUUUACUCAUUUAUCUUUAUUAUGUCUCCUUCUCCUAAUAACGCGUCUAACAAUUAUAACCCCUCCGAAGCCCCACCAAACCCUAAUUCUACUUCCGCCGUGAAUAAUAACCCUUCUGUUGAUAAUAACAUAAAUGUUCCGUCCACGCAACAAUCUCAGCAACCACCACCCAAUAACGUUAACGGUGGUGCUGAUCCCCUUGAACAGCCAGCAGGAGUGACUCCUUCUUUUGUUGGUUCUUUGAAGCUGGAUUUCGAGCCUAAUCCUUUUGAACAUUCUUUUGGAUCCACUGCUACUGUAAACCAACAACAGCCUGGGCCCUCUACCAGUCGUCCCGCUCCCUCCGCCAUCCCUCCUUCUUUCUCCCGAACCCUACUCCCUCCCGUCUCUUCCAUCGCUUCUCCAGAUAUCUUGGGUGCUCCUGGUGUUGCUUCACCACUUGCCUACCCUGCAUGGUCUGGGUUUACUCGCGGUGGUAUGCAAAACCCUCUUUCUCCUGCUAUCUAUGAUGCUACUCUUCGCCCUGAUUAUCUCAACACUCCUUCCGACCCCUCAAUGGCUAUGGGGUCAAGGUUUUCCUUUGGCACUGGGUUUACCCCUGGAGGCAACGAUUCAUUUCGCUCUCUUUUGACCCCAACAGGUGCUAGUUUUCCUGCUCCUUCUCCUGGAACCGCUAAUCUUUUAGGGUUUCAACCCUUUGAUUCGCAGUAUCCUGACCAGUAUCGUUUCACUCCAAGAGAUGGCAAGCCUCCAGUCUCUGCCGGUACUAAUGGAGAACAAUCUGAUUAUUUUGGAGCCAAUGCUGCCGUUCAUGGUCUUUGUCUACUUUCUCAAGUGCCUGAACAGCAAAAAAUGCAGCCAUCCGUUCCAAAUGAAACGGACCCUUCGACAUCAGCUGCUGUUGCGAAUUUGCUGAAACAGUCUCAAUCUCAGCAAUAUCCUGAUUCUAUCCGUCCUUCUUUUACACACAAUGCCAAUAAUUCUUUGGAAGCCCAAAAUAUGGGCCAAUCACCUUAUUAUAUGAAUGCCAACCAGUUGCGUGGUGACAUGCAGCCUUCUGUGUACGGUGAGACGGUUAACCCUGCUGACCCUUCUCUAAACUUACGUCCAUCCAACAACUAUGGUAUGAACAUGAAUAACAUGUCUCACAUUGGACAGGGUGGUAACAGAGAGAUGCCCAGCAACGGUAUGCCGGUUCAAGUUAAGUCCGAAGUUAAUGAACGUCAAGAUUCUCAACCACGUGCUAUGUCCGGUCACUCUAAUGUGUCUCCUUCAGCAUCUCCCAGCGAAGCUGACAUGAAAGACCUUGACAGUACUGAUUUUAACGGUGAAAGUAACAAUAGUAAGAGUGGUUCGACACCUCGCCGAAACUCUAAAAAUGAAACUGAUGAUGAAAAGCGGAAAAGCUUUUUGGAACGCAAUCGUCAGGCUGCGCUUAAAUGCCGUCAACGCAAAAAACAAUGGCUAUCCAAUCUUCAAGCGAAGGUUGAAUUUUAUGGCAAUGAAAAUGAAAUCUUGAGUGCACAGGUUAGUGCUCUCAGAGAAGAGAUUGUCAGUUUGAAAACACUUUUGAUUGCUCAUAAAGAUUGUCCUGUUGCAAAAGGUAACUCUGCAGCAGUCGCUACCACAAUCAUCGGAAAUGGUGAUAUGUCUCAACGAAUUAAUUUAGGCUAUUAAUUCAUACUGUUUAUCUUUGAUGAGAAAUCUAUACCUUAGUUGGUAGAUGUGGGUUUCAAAAAAAAGGAAAGCAAUGCCGUAGAAAGGGCAUUCCCUAGUUGAAAUGACUUUUUUAGUCAUGGUUUGUUUUAAUUAUUAAUGUUUGAAUGGAACGGUUCUCGAAAAUAAAAGCUCGUUGUUUUUCAGUUCAUCCUAAUCUUUGCUGAAGUAUCGCUGUAUGUACUCGUUCUUAGACCUUAUCGAUAAUUUUAACUUGACGCACGCAACAGUGCCUACUAUGUUUUAUGAAUGUUUUCGAAUGGUCGACUUCUUUAUGUAUGGUAAUAAUUGAACUAUCAAGUUGAUGGAUUCAUUGUUUUUGUUAAUUUUUAAUGUUUCACUGUCUUAUUAAAGAAAAAAAAAAUAGAGGAUGUUUUACUGUGAUGUCUUGGAUUUAUCGAAAGAAGAUAGAUUUUGGAAGAGUAUAUGAAUAAAAAUAUUAAAAUCAUUUUCUGGCGGACUAUUCGUCAAAAAUAGUGUCAUGGUGACACUGAGUCUUAAAUUCUACAUACAACGAGUAUAUUUGAAAGGGAAAUCGGGUCAAAGAUUAUUGCUUUGUUUUUGGAUGAAGUAUGUACAUAUAGCCUGCCCGUCUGUUUUCAGCUCAAUCUUUUCAACUUAGCUUAUGACCACUCAGUAACUUCCUGUUAUAAAAAUCAAGUUUUAGACCUACAUGCUUGAACCCUCUGCUUUAAAAUAUUUUGUUUUGGGAGCAAAAUAUUAUCUGGUGCAUACAGUAGUAUUAGAAUAUUUCAUUUAGCAACGGUACACACUUCGAUGUUCUAUUAUGUUUCACUUUGUUGGUAGUCUGUCAGAAUAAGCUCUGCUACUGAAAACGUGUUUCUCUUAUUUCUAGGUGUAAACAUCCAACUUAGAAGAAAUAUACCGAAUGAAUCAAUGAAAGUAGUUAUGGGAUAUCUCCAAUAUGUUCAUAUGAUGUUUGAGUCAGUAACGCGAAAUUGAAAUAACAAUAAUAAUAUAUGCUUGCUGAGACGACUUUCAG